AUGGCGGACAGAUUAACUCAACUUCAAGAUACUAUUAAUUUGAAUGCUGUACAAGCUGAAAAUUUCUGCAACAGUAUAGGAAUUUUACAGCAAUUUGCUCAACCUGGAAAAUUUUCAGGAUUUGAAAGAAGUGGUUCUCAAACACCUCAACAGGGUAAUCAACAAGCUCAAGAAGAUUAUGCACAAUUAUUUGCUACACUUAUUGCAAGAUGUGCCAAGGAUAUUGAUGUCUUAAUCGAAAGUUUACCUAAUGAAGAUUCAUCCACUGAACUUCAGGUUGCUAGCUUAAGAAGACUCGAAACUGAAAAUCAAGAAGCAGCUGAUAGGUUAGAACAAGUUGUUAAGAAAGGAGAAUUAUUAUUAGAACAAAUUCAAAGUGCAUUAGCCGAUAUUGCACAAAGUCAAUUAGAAAUGCAACAUUUUGAAGCGAGUGCAGAAUCGAAGUAA